AUGUCGCUCCAGGCAAAGUACGACAACUUCCAGCAGACCAUCGAGUCGCUCAACACGAAGAUCGUCCAGCUGCACGCGCAGGCCGACGAGCACGCGGUCGUGCUGGAGACGCUGAAGGAGGUGCCUGCGGAACGCCGGUGCUACCGCAUGAUUGGCGGGUCGCUUGUGGAGCUGCGUGCGGGCGAGGCGUCGAAAGUGCUGGCCGAAAACCUACAGGGCAUGAAGAGCACGACUGAGAAGCUCACCGAGGAGCUUAAGACGCAGCAGAAACAGUUUCUGGACUGGAAGGAGAAAAAUAACAUCAAAAUAGUCAAGGCUAAUUAA